UCUGUCCCUUUUCCCCCUCCUCUUCCAGACCCUGCUUCGAGAUGGCAAGCGUGAGAGCAUCGUCAGCACCCUCUUCAUCUCCCCCGGUGAUGUAGAGAAUGGACAGAGCAUCGUGUGCCGUGCCACCAACAAGGCCAUCCCUGGGGGGAAGGAGACUUCAGUCACCAUCGACAUCCAGCACCCCCCACUUGUCAACCUGUCAGUGGAACCGCAGCCGGUGCUGGAGGACAACGUCGUCACAUUCCACUGCUCUGCAAAGGCCAACCCAGCUGUCACCCAGUACAGAUGGGCCAAGCGAGGCCAGAUCAUCAAGGAGGCCUCUGGGGAGGUGUAUAGAACCACCGUGGACUACACAUACUUCUCAGAGCCUGUGUCCUGCGAGGUGACCAAUGCUCUGGGCAGCACCAACCUCAGCCGCACAGUGGACGUCUAUUUUGGACCCAGGAUGACCACAGAGCCCCAGUCCCUGCUCGUGGAUCUGGGCUCUGAUGCAGUCUUCAGCUGCGCCUGGAUUGGCAACCCGUCCCUCACCAUCGUAUGGAUGAAGCGGGGCUCUGGCGUGGUUCUAAGCAACGAGAAGACCCUGACACUCAAAUCUGUCCGCCAGGAGGAUGCUGGGAAGUACGUGUGCCGGGCCGUGGUGCCCCGGGUAGGAGCUGGGGAGCGUGAGGUGACCCUGACUGUCAAUGGACCCCCCAUCAUCUCCAGCACCCAGACCCAGCACGCCCUCCACGGUGAGAAAGGCCAGAUCAAAUGCUUCAUCCGGAGCACACCGCCACCAGACAGAAUAGCCUGGUCCUGGAAGGAGAAUGUGCUGGAGUCAGGGACGUCUGGGCGCUACACAGUGGAGACGGUCAGCACGGAGGAGGGUGUCAUCUCCACCCUGACCAUCAGCAACAUUGUCCGGGCGGACUUCCAAACCAUCUAUAACUGCACCGCCUGGAACAGCUUUGGCUCUGACACCGAGAUCAUCCGGCUCAAGGAGCAAGAGUCUGUGCCGAUGGCCGUCAUCAUCGGGGUGGCCGUAGGAGCUGGUGUGGCCUUCCUCGUCCUAAUGGCAACCAUUGUGGCCUUCUGCUGUGCCCGUUCCCAGAGAAACCUGAAAGGGGUUGUGUCAGCCAAAAACGAUAUCCGAGUGGAGAUUGUCCACAAGGAGCCUACCUCCGGUCGGGAGGCAGAAGAGCACUCCACCAUCAAGCAGCUGAUGAUGGAACGGGGUGAAUUCCAACAAGACUCGGUACUGAAGCAGCUGGAAGUCCUCAAAGAAGAGGAAAAGGAGUUUCAGAACCUGAAGGACCCCACUAAUGGCUACUACAGUGUCAACACCUUCAAAGAGCACCACUCGACCCCGACCAUCUCCCUGUCCAGCUGCCAGCCCGACCUGCGUCCCGCAGGCAAGCAGCGUGUGCCCACAGGCAUGUCCUUCACCAACAUCUACAGCACCCUGAGCGGCCAGAGCCGCCUCUACGACUACGGGCAAAGGUUCGUGUUGGGAAUGGGCAGCUCCUCCAUCGAGCUUUGUGAGCGGGAGUUCCAGAGGGGCUCCCUCAGCGAUAGCAGUUCCUUCCUGGACACACAGUGUGACAGCAGCGUCAGCAGCAGCGGCAAGCAGGACGGCUACGUGCAGUUUGACAAGGCCAGCAAGGCCUCCGCCUCCUCUUCCCACCACUCCCAGUCCUCUUCCCAGAACUCCGACCCCAGUCGACCCCUGCAGCGGCGGAUGCAGACUCACGUCUGAGGAUCACACACCGUGGGCGGGGACAGGCCAGGGAAGAGGGCAGGGCAUGCUCUGGCUCUCCAGGGACCAGGGCGACUUUGCAGAGGACCCCAGAACUGGACACCUCCAGGAUGGCCUUUGAGCACCUCUGCCAACACCUUCCUGUGAAACUCUGAUCAAGCACAAAUCUGGGUCCCCAGCAGCAGCCUGCCAGAGGCAGCAGGUGGGGAAACGGAUGGAGGAUGCCGCUGAUGUGCUUGGUGCUAGACACCUUUGUCCCCAGCCCUUUUCUGGAGGCCCCUCUACCAUCUCCUCCCACAGGCACUAGUGGCAGCUAUAAAUUUGCUUUCAUGAAACUGCCGUCCACUCUCUGGUGUCCCCUGGGAUUUCCCCCUUGCUGCCCAUAAGCCCUCCCUGUGCCUGUGCUCCUAUACAGCCCUGGGGAGAAAAGGAGAGUUCUUCCCAGCACCAAGCUGCUCCAGAGACCGCAGCUCCCCACACUGCUCCCAGCCCACGCCUCAGAGACUUGAGAAGCCAGAAAUGGCCCUGGCCAAAAGAGCACACCACCUGGGAACCUGGCUCCAAUUUGUUUGGUGUUUUGUGUCCAUACUCUUGCAAUUCUGUCCUUGGACUUGAUGCCUCUGAACUCGGAGGUGGGACUGGCCCAAUCAGAGCCUGGUGUCCUGUGGGGAGGGAGACUGUGAAGCCUGGGGAAUACCGUACCCCUCUCCAGACUGCGGGAUUCAGAGCCUCCCCUGCCCCCUGCUUUAUGUACUCCCCACCUCCCCACAGCACAAUCAGAAUUAAUAUAAGGAGUGAGAGUUGGUCUGGUCAGGGUUCUUUGAACAGUCAAUGGAGAGUGUUUCCUGGGUGGUGUUGGUUUGAGGGGGCUGGAGAUCAGGUCCCGAAGAGGAUGAGACUCUACUUCUCUGCUAAUGAACACCAGGAGCAAAGAUCCUGUCUCCAGUAAGACUCCAUGGGCAAGAGGGAAAGUUCAUCUGCGCCUCUCCUCUUCCCCCAUUCACCAUCUGAAAAUAAAUGUUAGGGCCAUUACCCCAGCAAA